AUGGCUUCAUUAAAGUACUCUAUAGUCCUGAGGGCUGCCUCUCGUUUUCGUUGCGUUGAAACCCCUCUAUUCCUUGCUCCAGCAUUAUCUCGGUCCCUUGCCACAGCGACUGGCCCAGAGGGUGUUACCAGGCGGAAGCCCACAGCUUUCACCGACAAGCUUAAUACCGGACCUUCAUUUGCAGAUUUUGUUGUUGGAAAGGAGGAAACUUUGUCUGUCGAGGAAGCUUUAGCAUUAGAUUCUAAAGCUGAAUCACCCAAGGGAGUCCGAACUGCACUCGAUAAAAAUGGCAAAGAAAUUGUCAGGCUACCUGAUUGGCUCAAGACCUCUGUGCCAAUGGGAUCGAACUAUAACAAAAUUAAAGAGGAUCUUCGAGGGUUGAACCUACAUACUGUAUGCGAAGAAGCAAGAUGUCCUAACAUCUCCGACUGCUGGGGAGGUUCCGAUAAAUCAGCUGCUACAGCUACCAUAAUGUUGAUGGGUGAUACAUGUACCCGUGGCUGUCGCUUCUGCUCAGUUAAAACAUCCCGCCGUCCCCCUCCACUUGAUCCACACGAGCCUGAACAUACAGCAGAAGCACUCUCGCGCUGGGGCCUCGGAUACGUAGUUUUGACCUCUGUUGAUCGUGAUGAUCUUGCCGAUGGUGGAAGUCGCCAUUUUGCAGAAACAAUCUCAAAGAUCAAGAGCAAGGCACCGCAUAUACUUGUUGAGGCAUUGACUGGUGAUUUUAUGGGUGAUCUAGAGGCUGUGGCGCAUGUUGCCAGGUCUGGGCUUGACGUUUAUGCGCACAAUAUCGAGACGACGGAGGAGCUUACACCCUUUGUAAGAGAUCGAAGAGCAAAGUUCAGGCAGAGUUUGAAGGUACUCGAGACAGCAAAGGCCAGCAAGGAGGGAUUAAUCACAAAGACAAGCAUCAUGCUCGGGUUGGGCGAAACUGAGGAGCAACUUAUGGACGCUCUUAAAGAGCUCCGAAAGGUUGACGUCGACGUUGUUACAUUCGGUCAAUACAUGCGUCCUACAAAGCGUCACAUGAAAGUGACCGAAUACAUCACCCCCGAAGCAUUUGAGAAGUGGCGAGUUAAGGCCUUAGAUAUGGGCUUCCUUUAUGUCGCUAGUGGGCCGUUGGUUAGAAGCAGCUAUAAGGCGGGAGAAGCCUUCAUCGAAAACGUUCUCAAGAAGAGGGCUAGAAAGAACGCAACUGCUCUAGAGUCCUCUAGGGGUGGGGAGCUCGGGAGCGUCGAUGUGUAG